AAAAACAAAUGAAGAAGUUACGCACGAGUCUAUGAUUCAUUCCCAAACUCAUCACAUCACAUCAAAACUCAUUUCAUUUCAUUUCUCAAUCUCAACUAGUUACGCUGCUGCGUUACACAUUCAUCUUCUUCUUCAGAUCAGUUCUCUUUUUCUUUACACUUUCAUCUUCUUCUUAAGACCAGUUCAAACGCAGAAACCGGGAAUGAAGUAUAUAAUUCAAAUGCUUUCAUUUCAAGGACUUUGAUCCCUGGUCCAUAGGAUCUGAGUUUGAUGUUUACAUAACAUAAGAGGAUAAGUUUCAUUUCAACAAAGUUGGUCAAAAUCUCAAAUUUUUCCCAUGUCAAUUUCCGACAAACAAGCUUCAGUUGAUCCUUUGUUAAAGGAUUUGAAUGAUAAAAAACAAAGCUUUCGCCGAAACGUUGUGUCUUUAGCUUCUGAGUUGAAGGAGCUUCGGAGUCGUUUGGCUUCACAAGAACAAUCAUAUGUUAAAGAAACUCUAACUAGACAGGAAGCAGAGACAAAUGCCAAGGUUAUGGAAUUGGAAAUUGGUAAAUUGCAGAAGAAAUUGGAAGAAAAAAAUGAGCAGCUUCAGGUUUCAACCUCUUCUGCUGAGAAGCACAUAAAGGAGUUGGAUGAUCUUAGAACACAGCUCGUAAUAACUAGAGCAACAGCAGAUUCAAGUGCCGCAUCAACUCAAUCAUCGCAGCUCCAAUGUUUCGAACUUCAAAAAGAAUUGGAUGAGAAAAAUAGUUCUCUAAGAGAGCACGAGGAACGCGUAAUUAGACUAGGCGAGCAGCUUGAUAAUUUACAGAAGGAUCUUAAGUCAAGGGAAUCUUCGCAAAAGCAAUUGAGAGAUGAAGUUUUCAGAAUUGAGCGCGAUAUUAUGGAGGCUCUUGCAAAAUCCGGGGAGAACAAGGAUUGUGAACUGCGAAAAAUAUUGGAUGAGGUUUCUCCUAAGAAUAUAGAGAAGAUGAAUAAGCUACUGGUUGUUAAGGAUGAUGAAAUAGUUAGACUUAAGGAUGAAAUUAAGAUCAUGUCUGCUCAUUGGAAGCUCAAGACUAAGGAGUUAGAAUCACAGCUGGAGAAACAACGGCGUGCUGAUCAGGAUCUGAAGAAGAGAGUGUUGAAGUUGGAAUUCUGUCUGCAGGAAGCUCGUUCUCAGACACGCAAACUCCAAAGGAUGGGAGAGCGACGGGACAAAGCUAUUAAAGAACUUAAAGAUCAAUUAGCAGGAAAGCAACAAACAGUUUCGGAUGCCGAAAAGCAAAAUCAGAAUUUCUGGGACACCUCUGGAUUCAAAAUUGUGAUGUCUAUGUCCAUGCUAGUCUUGGUGGUAUUUUCAAAGCGGUGAAACCAUUCCUUUGUCCACGAGGAUUCAUGUAUAUAGAGGAACCUAAUACCUUCUCAAGUUUGUUGUAGGAGUAAAGAGAAGUUUUAGAAGGCGUUUCGUGCUGUAGAAACGCAGUUUUAGAGAUAAUCUAGCUUUAGCUUAUGCAGUAUGUAGCAGCAUCAGGAUCACAACACAAUUUUGAUGUGUUCUAUGUGAAACUAUUCUGUGUAGGUGCGCUUAUAUAUUUUAGGAUGUUUACAGUUUAUCGCAUCAUUAAGCUGGUCAAAUUUUUAAUGUGACCAUAAAGUUACUACCGGCACUUACCAUACAUAUGCUGGCUUUAGUCGCUGGUGAACCUUGUUCACACUCAUAUCUAAAGAAAAAUCAUAAAAUUUCAGCUGCUUA